CAGCUUCAGCCGACGGCGGCGGCAUCGGUGGGUUCGUGCUGACGGUUUGACGUACGUUCAACGUUCGCGGAGUAGUGCCCUCGUGCUUCGUUAUCAAUUCGGAAACUGAUAACUUCCUCAAGCGUAGGAAAGAUACACCGUUGUGGCAGCUUUGCUGCACUUUUACUGUACGCCACACUGAGGCGCGCUUGAGGCGUUUCCAGCUGGGUGCACUUUUCCGCUGGAUGGGAAAUAAACGCCUGGCUGAGCGGGAAAAGCGCGUAGCACAUCCGGAUUUGUGGUCGGUAUACUGCCGUAGCCUGAACAUUGUUGCUCGAUAAUCGCGAAUUUUCGUGUGCGUGAUUGUUUUGUGUGUGUGAGAGAGUGCGAAAAGCGGUGAUACAGCAUCAGUACGGUUGGUCGCGUUGCUGGAUCUUUUAUGUAGUGUGUUGCAUCUGAAAAUAAAGUUGUGCUUCUACCAGGCCGACCAACCCAGCCAGCUAGCUCGGCCAGAUAAAACCUGCUUCUGGUGUGUGUUUUCACGUGGUGUGGUAACAGAUCAGCCGGGGAUUGUCCAGGGAUUGGCGUAAACUCAUUCGCAACGUGCUACCACCCCGUUGUUGGCGUGCGGUGAUUAAAUGUGUGCGGCUUGUUGUGGCGUUGCAAAACGCACGCCCGCUAGCCAUUCGCUAGUGAUGUGGUUGUGUUCGACGAAAAUGAUCAAAUAUUCAUGCUAAUGGUGAUGAUGAUGAUGAUGUUUAAGAUGUUUGUGAUAGUCGUGGCAUAAAAAUGGCGUAUCGUAUGGAUGUAGGAAAGUGUGCUUUAACGGCUUUAAAGGAAGUGAAAUAACGUGUAGCAUUAGCAGGAGUGUUAUCAGAAGUUUGUGACCAAAGAAAAAAGGCGUGAUCAAACAAAUUGGCAUGCAGUGUUUGAAGCUGGGGAAAAAAUCUCUUGCUAUCGGAAAUAAGAUAGCACGAAAAAAAAAUUCCAUUCGAUCAGGUUGAAAAUAAUUUUCAGCACAGUUACCCAUGGUGAACAUCGGCGACUAGCGGCGGUCUCAAAAAAUCGUUGUAAAUUACUCACUCAACGCAGGGUGCUAUUUAGGAGCGGUAAAAUUGAAACACUCCACAAAAAAACAGAUUCACACAUCGAACGUGUUGAUGUUAUUUACCCUAGAAGAAAGUGAAAAGCAAAAGUGAUUUUUUAUGAUUUUUUUUUAUUAUUUUGUGUAGUGAUGUUUUUGAGAGAACAUAUUCCUCGUAAAGCAUUCAGCGCAAACUCGUGUACCCUUUCAGGCAAGAGUGACAAGGUGAAGAUCGUGUACAGGUAAUUCGGUGCCAUUAUGCAGUGUGAGGUGCGUUGGAAUUGAAUUGGUAGUUGCAGCAAGGAAUAUUAAUUGCAACCGUGAAUUGAAUCUGUCGAUUCGCGUUAGCCUGCUUACGCCCGCCAGUAACGCGGUAUGUUGUACGCGGACGGAUUCUACCGCAAUCGUCAAAGUACCCAUACCAUACCGUGUCAUUCGUGUGCGUAGAAUGGCCGAUCCUCAUGCGGGGAACCGGUAAUGUUCCCCCAUUCGUUAACCGCACUGUACAAUGCAGGCCCACGAUGGGCCAAAGCGAUCCUACCGCCACGACCGUCAGCAGCAACAGCAGCAAGGGCCACACUUACCGGAGCCGGAAGUGAGCAGCCGUGUCACGUCCUGUUUGAGAUUCGUGCUGCAAACGAAACUCGUCCCAUUCCGUGCCACGAUCUGGCUGUGGGUGCUGUGUGCCUGCAGCUUCGCCAUUGUUCCUGCCCGGGCUGGACCGCGCUACAGUUCGCGCAUCGUCGAUACAAAGUCGGGCGCUAUCCGGGGCGUUAUCCUCGAGCUCAACUCGAAGCACCUCGAGCCAGUGGAGGUUUUUAAAGCUGUGCCGUACGCGACACCACCGAUAGGAAGUUUACGUUUUGAGCCACCGAAGAAACUUCCACCGUGGAAAGGAACCAAACUGGCGGAUACAUUUGGAUCCGUGUGCCCACAGAGUUUUCCCGACAUCAGCAAUCGGACGGCGGCACUACUCUCGAUGCCGAAAGGGCGUUACCAGCAUCUGAAGCGACUGCAACCAUUGCUGGCGAACCAGAGCGAGGACUGUCUGACGCUCAACAUUUACGUCCCCGGAAGUGGAAGCCGCGGACUGGAGGCACCCUAUUCAAUUUUCUUCUACAUCCACGGUGAAGCGUACGAUUGGGGUUCCGGCAAUCCGUACGACGGUUCGGUACUAGCCAGCUACGGUCACGUCAUAGUUGUAACAGUCAAUUUUCGUUUAGGAAUACUCGGUUUUCUAAAAACUCGUGCCUCACUGUCACCCGGUUCCGGCGGUAAUCUAGGAUUAAUGGACAUCAUUCUCGCUCUGCACUGGGUACGAGAUAACAUUGCGUCGUUCGGCGGUGACCCGAAGCGCAUCACUCUCGUCGGCCACGAUACGGGAGCGGCACUCGCGAAUCUCGUCCUUAUCUCCAAGUCGGGAAAGGGACUUGUGCAAAGGGCAAUUCUUUUGAGUGGUUCAGCACUCAGCCCGUGGGCACUCAUACCGGACCCGGACGCGGUACGGUUGGAAGUGUCACAACAGAUGGCAUGCCAUCUAGUACCGGGCCGGAACGGUCGGAAGCCAUCGACCGACGACAUUACCGACUGCCUGCGGGAUAAACCGAUCGAGGCGCUUAUGGGCGUACGGUUGACCAGUGUACGGUUCAUGCCUUCCUGGGGACCGUUUCUACCGCUGGAGGACUCGUUGGAUCCCGAGUUUGCCAUGGAACAUUCGGGCGAGGGCUUCAUCACGAGCGAGCUAAUGUUGGGCAUGAGUACCACCGAAAGCUACAACGACUUCAGCGCGUCAGACAUUCAGUACGGACUGGAGGAAGAUCAGCGAAACCGGUUGCUGCGGACGUACAUUCGCAAUGCGUUCACGUUCCAUCUGAACGAGAUAUUCUCCGCCGUCCGGAACGAGUACACCGACUGGGACAAACCAAUCCAGCAUCCAAUCAAUAUCAGAGACUCAACCAUGGAAGCCUUGAGCGAUGGCCAUACGGUGGCACCCAUAAUUAAGGUGGCUUAUCUGCAUGCGAGACGAGGUGCAAAGACUUACAUGUUUCAUUUUGGGUACCAAAGCAAGGAAAGUGAAUAUCCACAGAGGCUGGGUAGUGUACGGGGUGAAGAACUACCGUACAUCUUCGGACUACCGCUGGUGCAGGGUGGUCCAGUAUUUCCGCAGAACUUCUCGCGCCAGGAUAUGGGUGUCAACGAGGCGGUGCUGAACUUCGUGACCAACUUCUGCAAAACGGGUGACCCGAACGAGGCCGGCCACCAGCAGGCACAGCCGCUCCAUCCCGACUACGGUACGGCGAAGGAGCGAACCCGUUUCCGGCUCAUCACGUGGGAAACGUACGAAACCACCACGCAGCAGUAUCUUAGCAUCUCAACGAAGCCAAAAAUGCGCAGCCACUACCGGGGACACAAGAUGGCACUUUGGUUGAACCUAAUUCCGCAACUUCACCGACCGGGCGAUCCGGAUGUUUCCAUGCGACACCAUCACUUCCGUGAGCGGGAACCACACUAUUAUGCCGGAUCAGUACGUGCAGAAUCGUUCAGUCGUCCGAGAUCGCUCUACCAGAACGGAAUCAUAAACGAUGCGCAGGAAUCGCGCCAGGAAUCAUUCGGCACCGAAUGUACACCGGAUCCGACGAUGGGCGAGGUCCUGCAGGAGAGUGGCGGUGGUCCAGGUGACACCAUCGGGAACGUGCUCAGCGAGGAGGAGGAAGCGGAACUGCUGGAAAAGCUUGCCAACCGGCACUACUACAGCUAUACGGCUGCCCUCGGCGUAACGGUCGGGGUUGGGUGUCUGUUGCUGCUGCUCAACAUGUUGAUCUUUGCCGGUAUCUACUACCAGCGGGACCGCACGAAACGGAAAUCGCAAGCAUCGCAAUCGAGCGGAACGGUCGGUGGUAGUGGCGUUACGACCGGUACAUCCGCCUCCCUUUCGGGCAGUAACGGAACGCCGGACGAAUCGGAAAUUCCACUCACGAGCAUACCGACUCCAUCGCCGGUCAAAGUGAAACGUACGUUUGAACCACCGCCCAGUUACGCGACACUACCGAAGCGAACGGCCGGUAACAACAAUGGUUCGGGUGCGGGCGUUGGAAGCGUACAUCAUCAGCAUCACCAUCAUCAUUUGCAUCAGCAUCUGCAGGGCGCCGCAAGUGGGACGAAAGAGACGAAGCUUGGUUCGCCACCGACAUCUACCCAUCUUCGCACCGGUACUCUAGGACGAUCCGGCACGGGGAGUUUCUACGACUCCUCCACAAACAGUCGACACCAACACCAGCAACAGCAGCAGCAGUAUUCGGCACAACAACAGAUAAUCUCACCGCACAGUAGUAGCGUCGCCCACACGGCAGUGACAAUAACGCCGACAGCUACCGUCAGCCAUCAUCAAACGUUGCCACGUGCCAGCAAAGCGCCCCUUCCACCGAUCCGAUCAACGACUAGUAGCAGUAGCAAUGCCUCCACGUCCUCCGGUACGGCAUCCACUUCCAUCGCUCCACUGACGUCCAUCCUUGUAAAUAGCAACAACAACAGCAACCACCACCAUCAGCAUCACUAUCAGCAGCAGGGCUGCGAGUUGGCAGCACUGCCACCGCAACCAAACAGCAACGUCAUAACGGUGGACCUGGUGAGUUCGACUACGGCGGCAUCCACCGGAAGCCCAUCGGCAAUGGGUGGCCAACAUCAUCAGCAUCAGCACCACCAUCACCAUCAUGCGCAUCACCAUGCGAACGGUAGUGGACCGAAUGCCACAGCCAACACAGGGAACAGUGCUGGACCGCCCGCUGGCAGUACGGCCACGCUCAAGAAACGCGUCCAGAUCCAGGAGGUAACCGUAUAGCAUCGGUACAGCACAGCUGACGACGACCAGGAAGCUGUGUGAAGACAUAAAUGCUAACGUAAAAUGCUAAACGCGACUGAUCGUGAAAACGGUGAUCGGUUCGAGCGAAAGGAACGCGAACGCCUUGUCGUCGACAGGGUGCAAACAAUCGAUCGGACGGUAAAUCAGGAUGCAUGAGUUUGUAUUUUUCAAGCUAAAAAUGUUCCGUGCUGCUGCUGUUGCCAUGCUCCCCAAUUCCUUCAUGCAGUUGAUUGGCAAUGCAAUAAUUCUUCAUUUACUCACUUCUCACUUACCAGAUACCAAGAAGAAGGAAAAAAAAAACAUUAACUCAAUCGAUUGGAAGCAUUUGCAGCCAUUUCACCAUUUUCCAAUCAAUAAAUCUUUGCCAUUUCCAUCGUUUAAGAAGGGCGAAAAAAUCACAACCAGCACGAGAAAGCUCUCGACCAUUGCAACAAGUUAAAGUCAAGCUUAGCCUUUUUUGUUCCUUUCCUUUUCGGUGGUACAGAUUUUGCUAGCAUUCAAACUACACCAAAAACGGGAAGGGCAAGAUUAGUUCCCAAAAAAAAGGAAUCGUUUGCUUGCUGCUUCUUCUGGAUUUUAGAACCUUUCUUUUUUACCGUAACCCGUGCAUGCCCCUUCCGAUCGAUUGCUGCCCGAGGUCGACAUCCAAAUCAAGCGCCCAUUCGGGAAGGUACACGUGACCGUACCGGGAGAAUAAAUCUCAACUGUAAAUAAGACACGAUGCCGCCCCGAAUGAAACGGAAGGAUGUAGACGAUCCCUAACAUUUCUCCCUUACUUUACCAGUGCAGGUGAACGUGUUCCACAACACUGCUGGUGAAUUCAGUAGGGAAUUGCGAAGAAUUGUGUUUAAAAGUGUAGCAAAAAUUAAAGAGUGUAUCUGGAGGGUUUAUCGUAUGUGAAACGAUAUUUAAAGUUACUGUAAGGGUUGUUUCUCCAACCUGGGUGAACAUUUCCGGGAAUUGUAUCACCUGCUGCAAGGUCAUAGCAUCAAGGUCAGGCGUAAGGAGUUUUGAAUUGAAAUUUUAAAACCUAAAAAUCCAGUUCCAAAACUGGGAACCGCGCAUGUAGAUAUUGAGUAUAGAGUGAAUUUGAACCAGUAUUUAUUGACUGUUUUGCGUAAGUGGAUGUGUACAGCCUAGAACAGUGAAACAGUUACGUGAUUUGAGUCCUACUAACCACUUCCCCGUUUCCCUUGUUAGUCCCUAUCCUUUCCCUUCUCCUCCACAAAAGAAAACCCUAUAGUUCUACGUGACAAAAAAAAUGUGGAAAACUGAAAGGAAACCAGCUAGUUUAGAAUCUAUUUAGCAAAAUAAUAAAAAGAAAAUCAUUAGACAAUUAGUAUAAACGAAAAAAGGGGAUUGAGAAUAGUUAUGGUAACUAGUGCAAUCGAUUUCAUCAUUAUUUGCAAAGCAAACUACAUUUAAACCAAUUCAACCGAUCAUACACAGAAAAAGAAAACAAUUGGAAAGCAUAGGAAUCAAAAACAUUACUUCAUGCAUUAUAAUUCUGGAAAAUGAAAUGUUUAUACAAAACACAAAAUCAUUCAAAUAUUUGAAAGCCAGCUUUAUUCUCCAUCUUCCACACAAUGGAAAGAAGAUGGACCUGGGUGAGGAAGAAAACAAAACAAAACCAUACAGACACACACACACACAAUGUUGAAUAGCGUUUUAUAAAGAUACGUACGAAACAGAACGCCCGUUUCGUUUCGUACGACCGUAAGUGUGCAUAAAUAGCAUUAAGGCACGCGAUCAGCUUCCCAAAAUCGCGCCACGUUUCGACCGCCGUAAAGGAUUCGUCGUCCAUUUUCACAUUCACACACACACGUACACACAUAAAACAUAAUAACAGACAAAUCAUACACACACACAUACAAACAUACAAAUUUCCCACAUAUUGUAAGUGAGAUUGGUGCUACGACGCCUUUUUCCAGGGCUUUAUCAAACGAUCGAACGACGGGAAGUCGAAGAAAAAGGAUAUCGUGAAACGAAACGAGAAGAUGAUAAUAAUAAAUGUUUCAACGCAGCAACACAAAUGCAUAAACGAAAA